ACUGUCGAAUUUAACUGAAAUCGUUUAAAGAAAGAUAUAAAUAAUAAAAUAAAAAAUAUUAAAUAUAUCUAUAGAAUUUAAAUAAAUAUUUAAAGACAACCACAAAAAAAAAAAAACAAUAGACUUCAUCAUCAUCACUAGCAGCAGCAGCAGCAUGAAGAAAGUCAUAAAGACACAACCUGAAAAACGUCCAUAUUGCAAACCGCAGCGACGUCAAAAAAUCAUUAAUCGUCCAGCCGAGGAAGCUCUUUGUAAAACUGAACGUAAAACUUUAGUGGCUGCUCAGUUAAAACCACGACCUUUGGUCGACUGUCCAUUCUAUAAUUUAAAAUAUAAAUACGAUGAAUUACCACUGGAUCCGGUUAAAGAGUUUAUCAUAGAGAAAAUUUCUCACAUGCAAUCGAAUGCCAUAACCGGGCGUUGUAAUAAAGAAUUGGAAUUUCAUCAAUAUGAUAUUGAGAAUGUUGUUGCAUUGCAAAGUGAUGAAUGCGCUGAUGAUUAUACUAAUAAUGAUGUUGAUGACAAUUUACUAAAAUUACAAUUGAAAGACAUUGUUAUGCCACAGAAAUUCGAAAUGCUUCGUAAUAAGAAACUGCAUUUCUAUGGUUUUGAUGUUUGUGAUGAUCCAUGUCCCUGGCUAAACAAAUAUUUAAAUGAACAACCUACCGAAGAGUCGGUUUUUGCGGUAACCCAAACUCUUUUAGAUAUAUAUUGCACCCGGCGAAUACGUGUUUUUUAUUUUAAUUGUCGCACUAAAUCUGCCAUGUUUACCAAUGAAUUGAAAAAAUUACAUGGUGGUCCAACGGAUAUGAUUGGUGGUUAUAGUACACCCUCAGCCAAACGUUUACGUUUGCCGGCGUUGAAACCACCAGGAAAAGUAAAAAAAUUCAAGGCUGGUGAUCAUUAUGCUUUGAGGACACCAGAGGAAUGUCGCAAUGAAUUGGCACGUAUGGGUAAAGUUAUUGAUGAAUUAAUAGCACCAACUUUACAACGUGCACAACAGCAGAAUCAACAAUCAAAAGACACAAGAGAGAAGAAUCAACAACCUCUAUGCAGUGAAACUAGAAGUAAUAGGUGGCAAAAACAUAUUAAAAACAAACUUAAAAGCGUGGGUUAUUUUAAAGCAUCCAUAAUUAGUCGCAAGGACUUUGCAACAAAUGAAGAAUUUCUAUUGCAUUUGAAACGUAUGGAAAAAGAAAAAUUCAAAUAUUUGGAAGGACUUUUACCAGUUGAUCCGGAAGUUCAAAAAGCUAUAAUUUUAAAAGACUAUAAUGCUAGACUUGCAGAAUCCAGCAGAAAAUUUACACCUCAGGUGGAAAAACGUUACAAGUGUUUAAUGAAACAUCUUUCCGUAUUAAGUUUGGAGACUUUUCCCUCUAAGUUGAUUAAGAAAGUUUUACCAAAUAUCAGUAGAAAACUUCAAUUUCUGUUAGAUGCUUAUACGUUUGUUUGCCAAGAAGAGAAACUGUGGCCAAAGCUGCAUCCUGAAGUUAUGCUAAUGGAUUAUCUUUUCACAAGUGAACGACAAAUACCCACCGAUGUAGCCGUGUUAAUUAUCUCAUGUCUUAUAGAUCUCCAAGAAGAUUUUCGUUAUUAUGUGAAACGUGCAUUUAUUCGAUAUUUACUCAGAUCUCCAUUGGAACGUAAACGUUUGCAAUUGGAGUUUGAACCGCCUGAAUUUCCCAUUAUGACCAUACGAGCACCAGUACCUUGGAAAGUUUAUGUACAAUUAGCACGAAAUCAUUUGGAUCAAGUACUAAUGACUACACAUCCCGUUAUACAAGCUUUAAAUUUACUCUGGCAUCAACUCUAUAAUGACUUGGUUAUUGUUGAUGUUUCCAAGAUUAUUCUACGUGAUAUACCCAUGAAUGCCGAUGAGUUAAUAAAUUUCAUUCAAGAAAGUUGUGACACUAUUAGAGAUUUGUUAUUGAACGAUUGGAUACCUCGUUGUGCUGAUAUGAUGGAUGUAAUGCGUAAAACUUGGAAGGAUUUAAUAUCAAUGCGUGGCGGUUAUGGUGGACGUGCAGCCAUACUUUUUCGUUGUGUACAUGCUUUGAUGUCACAUCAUUUGGAAAGUUUAAUCACUAGAAGUUUAUCGUACUUGUAUAAGACUUUAGAGGAUUAUUUGGAGGGCAACGAUGUCGUUAAAUAUAAUAUGCAUGAUCCCAAACUUAAGAGGCGUCCUUUUAUGACUCUGAUUGUGUCUGUUAUUGGAACACAUUUUGAUAAUCCCACUAGAGAAGAUAUACCUGCAGAACAUACAAUACCUGCCAUAUAUGAAGAUCAUGAAGAUGAUGCUGAUCCUUUCUAUCGCAGACCGAGCGUAGUGUUAGUCGAAACGCCUUCCCUAGAAGUCGAUGAUCUAAGUAAAUUUCUAUUAAAAAACAAUGGUAAAUUUCAUGUCUUUCCCUACAUAGGAUCAUUACCAGAAUUAUUUAUAGGGAUUUUUAAAAGUAUAUUAAGAGUGGGCUAUGAUAUACCACGUCUAGAGUAUGUUAUGUCAAAUGAACCCGAUACAUUUGGUUAUCUUCAUUGUAUAAAUGAAAAACAUCCUGAUAUUAUAUUGCUCUACGAUAAGAUACAAAAAAUAGUGGAAAAUAAUUGGCGUGGUCCCAUAGUCUAUUUACUGCCUAUUUAUAAAUACUACUAUCCUUUGCUUUCCGAUAAAAUACAACCCAUAGUAGAGAAAAUCUUUGUGCAACAUAUUUUACCAGAUUUGGUGUCAAUUGAAAAUGUUAUGAAAAAACUACGCUCUAUUAUUGAGGAAACAUAUAUUUUACGUGAUUUUAUACCAUUGAAUCUGUUCAUGUUGGAUAAUCGUCAUGUUAAGCAAUCGGUUGCAAUGUUGGUACAGAAUAUUUAUGAUUUUAUCAUUGACUUUUAUAUGGCUGUAAAUCUCAAUGAAAAUCGUGCGAUAUGUGAUGCUUUAGAAGAAAUGUCAAUGAAGGCAGGUGAACGUCCGGAAGAGACGGCAGAAGUUGUUGCAUUGCAAAACUAUUUGGCAGAAUGUCGAGAUGAGAAAAUAUUUGCCAUAAAAGAUGAGAUAAAAGUUGUAUCAAAACGUGUUGUAUUCCUGCUGACACACACAAUAUUAACAAAUGAAGACAUACAUCUAAAUACACGUACAUUUAUUUUACCAUCUGAGCUGGAAGAAGUACUGGAUUUAAGUGCAGCUCGCUUAAGUGUUGUUCGUGAUAAUUUGGAAUUCGCUUUGCGUGAAAAACGUAUUAAAUUCGAACAAUUAAUUUUAUAUGAAAAACGUCGUAUGGAUGGCUUCCGCGUUAAAGAAACACGUGAUGUUCUUACUUUGGAUGAGCUUAAAGAACGUGUCGAAACUGUCGAUGAAUUAUUUGAUAUUAUUGAGAAAUUAAGUCGUGAAGCGAAAGCAAUUAAUGUUGAAGAACAAUUGCUGCAAAUAGAUGUCUCACCGUUUGCCACUCUCGUAGAAAUUGUUGAAAAAAUGGAGCCCAUCGAGAAACUAUGGAAAACGGCAUAUCAAUUUGAAAAGGACCAUGCAAUAUGGAUGUACCAAAGAUUUCAAUGUUUAAAUGCGGAUGCCAUAGCAGAGGAAGUCGAGAAUAUGCACCGGAUUGUUUACAAACUCUCACGUCAGUUGGCUAAUAAUCCCACGGCUAAACGUGCAGCGGAACAAGUACGAGUAAAAAUUGAGAAAUUUCGUGUCUAUUUGCCGGUAUUGGAUGCCAUAUGCCGCCAUGGCCUAGAAGAACGCCACUGGGAUAUGAUAUCGAAAUUUUUGGGCAAAGAUUGCAAUCCUGAUUUGUAUCCUUCCCUUAAGGAUAUGAUUGAUUGUGGCAUUAUGUCCAUAUUGCCGCAAUUGGAAGAAAUUUCAAUAGCAGCUGGCAAAGAAUAUGAUUUAAAUCAAGUACUCGAUGGCAUGAAAAAAGAUUGGAAAGAUGUUUGUUUUGAUGUUUUACAAUACCGUGAUUCGGACACACAUAUUUUGGCAGCAUUAGAUGAUAUUCAGACACUUUUGGAUGAUCAUAUUAUGCGUACACAGGCUAUGAAAAGGUCACCCUUUAUAGCUGCCUUGGGUUCUAAGGCCGAUGACUGGGAAAAUCGUUUGACACUUAUACAGAAUAUCAUAGAUACCUGGACCUCCGUGCAAAUUACUUGGAUGUAUUUAGAGCCUAUAUUUUCCUCCGAAGAUAUCAUGAGACAAAUGCCUUUGGAGGGUCGUAACUUUAAGGCGGUGGAUAAAAUUUGGCGUCGUAUAAUGCGUAAUACUGUUAGUGAUUUACAUGUUAUGGCCGCCACCGAAUAUCCCGAUAUGUUCGAAAUCUUUAAAAAAGCAGUGGCUGAUCUGGAGACUGUACAGAAGGGUUUGAAUACUUAUUUGGAACAAAAACGUUUAUUUUUUGCUCGUUUCUUUUUUCUAUCCAAUGAUGAAUUGUUGGAGAUUCUAUCAGAGACGAAAGAUCCUUUAAGAGUACAGCCUCAUUUGAAAAAAUGCUUUGAGGGUAUUUCUUUGUUGACCUUUGAUGAUAGCAUGGAAAUAACUCAAAUGAUCUCGGACGAAGGUGAAAAGGUUUCGCUAGUACGAAAAAUUAAUCCACAAUUGGCAAAUGGUUUAGUCGAACUGUGGCUCAAAGAAGUUGAAGCCACAAUGUUGGACAGUGUCAAAGAACAAAUGAAAUUUGCUUGGGAAGAUUAUUUCAUGGUUGAACGUAUACAAUGGGUGGUAUCAUGGCCUGGACAGGUGGUAUUAGGAAUAUCCUGCAUGGCCUGGACAUAUGAGGUAGAAGAGGCUAUAGAAAACAAUACACUGCCACAAUAUCUUACUAAAUCAACAGAACAGAUAGCAGAUCUGGUUAAUUUAGUGCGCACAGAUUUAACCAGUAAUACCAGAAUAACUAUAGAAGCUCUAAUAGUAUUAGAUGUGCAUGAUCGUGAUGUUGUAUCCUAUUUGGCGGACAACAAAGUGUCUUCCCUAUUGGAUUUUGAUUGGAUGUCACAAUUACGUUACUACUGGAAAGUAACAGAAAAACGUGAGGAAUGGGUAUGUGUUAGUAUGGUUGUCACUGACGUCAAAUAUGGUAUGGAAUAUUUGGGCAAUACACCACGUUUGGUAGUAACACCACUAACAGAUCGUUGUUAUAGGACACUAAUGGGCGCUUUAAAACUUUGCUUAGGCGGUGCACCAGAAGGACCAGCUGGUACUGGUAAAACCGAAACUACCAAAGAUUUAGCAAAAUCUGUAGCUAAGAAAUGUGUGGUGUUCAACUGUUCAGAUGGUUUAGAUUACAAGGCUUUGGGUAAAUUUUUUAAGGGUUUAGCACAAUCUGGCGCCUGGGCUUGUUUCGAUGAAUUCAAUCGCAUUGAAUUGGAAGUAUUAUCUGUGGUUGCUCAACAAAUAUUAACGAUACAAAGAGCUAUUGGUAGAAAAGUUGUUAAAUUCUUUUUCGAAGAUACAAUGCUACGUUUGGAUCCAACAUGUUCAAUAUUCAUAACAAUGAAUCCAGGAUCGUGUGGCGUACUGGGUCUAGCUGAAUCAAUGGUCAGUGUUUAUCGUUCAGCAAUGAGAAUAUUUUUACCAACUCCUGCCAAAUCCCAUUAUACGUUUUCGUUACGUGAUAUAACCCGUGUUUUCCAGGGUGUUGUUUUGGUGCCAGCAAAACGUUUACACGAUCCAGAAAAACUCGGCCGUCUGUGGGCUCAUGAAACGUAUCGUGUUUUUUAUGACCGAUUGCGUAAAUCGUCAUCGUUUAGUUUGGCUCCUGGAUUAUUCAUACGAUCGGAGAAUGCCGAUUCGAGGGAGAAACGUAUGUUCAAAUUGGUUAAACAAAUUGCAGCAACCGAUGAGGGCUACAUAGAGGACAUAAAUGGCAUUUUAAAUUGUGGUGAUUUACCAAAUCUUUAUCAAUUAGAGGAUAAAGCAGCGAUUAUGGAAAAUAUGAUUAAUAUUGCUAAACAAUUGGGUAAAAAUAUUGAUCCUUUACCAAGUGAAAUGUAUUCGUUUUUCAUUGAGCGUAUACGAGAACAAUUGCAUGUUGCAUUGGCAUUUUCACCCAUCGGCGAAUCGUUUAAAGAACGUAUACGUAUGUAUCCAUCAUUGAUAAACUGUUGCACAAUCGAUUGGUACAUGCCAUGGCCGGUAGACGCUUUAGAACGUGUUGCAGAAUAUUUUAUUAGCUCAAUGAAAUUGGGUCAAACACAAGAAACAGAAGAUGCGGAUGCCAAUAAGUCACUUGAAUCGUAUGAAUCGAAAGAAAGUAGAAAAAGUUUAGAGGAAGUACAAGAAAUUGUAUUGAGUGAUUUGGAAAAGGAAUUGGUAAAAUGUGUAAUGCAUUUUAAUCAAUCCGUUGUCGGUGCAAGUGAAAAAUGUUUCACAGAAUUAGGUAGAAGAAAUUAUGUGACACCCUCUUCAUAUUUAGAAAUGUUAAAGGCAUUUCGUACCUUUUACAUACGAAAACUUGAGGAGAUAACGAAAUUACGAGAUAGAUAUACAACUGGUUUGGAAAAAUUAGAUUUUGCUGCUGGUCAAGUGGGUGAAAUGCAAUCAAAUUUAUAUGAAUUGCAGCCUAAAUUAAAGGUACUCUCCGAGGAAACGGAAAGGAUAAUGGUGAAUAUUGAACGCGAAACGGCAGAGGCGGAAAAGAAAAAGGAAGUGGUAGGAGCUGAUGAGGCAGCAGCCAAUGAAGCAGCUGCUGCUGCUCAAGCUAUUAAAGAUGAUUGCGAAAGUGAUUUAGCGGAGGCUAUACCAGCCCUGGAGGCAGCCUUAGAUGCUUUAAAUACUCUCAAACCGGCAGAUAUAUUUGUGGUGAAAUCCAUGAAAAAUCCUCCUUAUGGUGUUAAAUUGGUACUGGAGGCUGUGUGUGUUAUCAAAGGUUUAAAACCAGAUCGUAAACCAGAUGCUUCGGGCAGAAUGGUAGAAGAUUACUGGGGUGCUUCGUUGCGCAUGGUCAGUGAUAUGAAAUUUUUAGAAUCUCUAAAAACUUUCGACAAGGAUAAUAUACCACCAGCUAUAAUCAAGAAAAUACGAGAAAAAUAUGUAGCCGAUCGUGAUUUUGUGCCCGAGAAAAUCAAAUCCGCUUCUACCGCCUGUGAGGGUUUAUGUCAUUGGGUUCGUGCCAUGGAUGUCUAUGAUAAAGUGGCUCGCAUUGUUAUGCCCAAAAAAGCUGCCUUAGCAGAGGCUGAAAAUGAUUUGGCUUCCCAAAUGGAAAAACUUAAUUCCAAACGAGCAGAGCUGCAGGUGAUUUUGGAUAAAUUGCAAAAGCUAAAUGAUUUCUUUGCGGAAAAAUCACGACAGAAAAAAGGUUUAGAAGAUGAAAUUGAAAAUUGUGAAAAGAAAUUGAACAGAGCUGAAAAACUAUUGGGCGGCUUGGGUGGCGAAAAGACACGUUGGUCGGAGACAGCUCAUAAUCUUCAUAAGUCUAUAAGUAACAUUGUAGGCGAUGUUCUUUUAGCCGGUGGCUGCACAGCAUAUUUGGGAUUUUUUCCAACAGAGUAUCGUGUUAAUAUUCUCGAGGAAUGGAAUGAAGUAUGUCGACAACGUAAAAUACCCUGUUCCGAGAAAUUCUCAUUAGCCAAUACUCUGGGCAAUCCUAUGCAAAUACGAGCUUGGUCUUUAGCAGGUUUACCAGCUGAUAAUUUUUCUGUAGAAAAUGCCAUCAUAGUAGCUAAUUCUAAUCGCUAUUCCCUAUUAAUAGAUCCACAAGUUCAAGCCAACAAGUGGAUUAAAAAUAUGGAAAAGAAAAAUGACCUUAAAGUUAUAAAACAAAGCGAUGCCAAUUAUAUGCAAAUACUUGAAUUGGCAAUUACGUAUGGUAAUCCAGUAUUGAUUGAAAAUGUUGGUGAACGUUUGGAUUCAAAUUUAACGCCAAUUUUAGAAAAGAAUGUAAUUAAGCAUAAAGGUGGCUACUUUAUCAAGAGCGGAGAUCAAAUGAUUGAAUAUAAUAGUAAUUUUCGUUUAUACAUAACAACUUGUCUAAGGAAUCCUCAUUAUCCGCCAGAAAUUAUGGUUAUGGUAACCGUAAUAAAUUUUAUGAUUACGGAACAAGGUUUACGUGAACAACUGUUGGCUACUGUUGUGGCUCAUGAACGUCCCGAUCUACAGGAGAAAAAGGAACAAUUGAUUAUUGAGUCGGCAAAAAAUCGCGAUGCUUUGUAUACAAUUGAAUCAAAAAUAUUGGAGGUACUCUCAACGUCCGAAGGCAAUGUAUUGGAAGAUGAAAAUGCCAUUAACAUUUUGUCAUCUAGCAAAAUCUUAUCCGAACAAAUUCAAGAGAAACAAAUUAUUGCAGUCGCUACUGAGGCGGAAAUUGAUGAAGCGCGUCAACGUUACAUACCUGUAGCCAAACAUUCGGCCAUAUUGUUUUUUUGCAUCAGUGAAUUGGCAAAUAUUGAUCCCAUGUAUCAAUACUCAUUGGGUUGGUUUUUAAAUCUCUUUGUAAAUACCAUCAUAAAGGCACCCAAAUCAACUGAAUUACAAGAACGCUUGGAAAAUUUAAAUAAUUAUUUUACGAAAUCAAUUUAUCAGAACGUUUGCAGGUCGUUAUUUGAGAAAGAUAAAUUGGUCAUAUCGUUGGUAAUGUGUUUAGGUAUAAUGUUGGCAAAGGGUAAAAUAAAUAAAUCCCAUUUGUUGUUCUUUUUAACGGGAGGCGUUGGAUUGCAAAGUAUUCCACCUAAUCCAGCACCAGUAUGGCUUCCUGAAAAGGCUUGGUUUCAAAUAGUGCUGGCCAGCAAUUUGGAAGGUUUAACAAACUUUUAUAAAAAGUUUGAAGAAGACAUUGAAGCAUGGAAGAAAUUUUAUGAUUUGUCAUCACCGGAAGAAGCUGAAUAUCCGCCACCCUAUGAUCAUAUUGAUGAGAUGUUGGGACUGAUACUAUUGAAAUGCUUAAGACCGGAUAAAGUUGUACCAGCGGUUAGAAAUUUCAUUACACGUAACAUGGAUCGUUCAUUUGUUGAGCCGCCUCCUUUUGAUUUGAAUGCUUCAUUUGCUGAUAGUUCGCCAAAAAUACCUUUAGUAUUCUUGCUGUCCCCAGGCUCUGAUCCAAUGGCCAGUCUUUUCAUGUAUGCCAAACAGCGUAAUAUGUACGACAAUUAUGCUUUAUCGCAAUCUGGCACAUAUCGAGUACCUUUGAAUCCAACACGUGUCAAUGCUUUGGAUUACAUAGCAGAAUUUCCUUUAAGUCCUCAUCCUGAAGUCUAUGGUUUACAUGAAAAUGCCGAUAUAAAUCGUAAUAACAAGGAAACAAAUAGUCUAAUACAAGGUGUUUUGAAAACUCAAACCGACUUAAUGGCAUCUGUCAAAUCGAGUGGAGCGGGUGCAGAUGGUGCCAAGGUAGAUCCUGCUUUUCAGAUAUGCAAAGAUAUAUUGGCGCGUCUACCGAAUGCCUUCGAUCUGGUAGAGGUAACCGAAAAAUUUCCUGUAGUCUAUACUAAUUCCAUGAAUACUGUAUUGAGACAGGAGCUAAUAAGAUUUAACCGUUUAUUAGACUAUAUACGCAAAAGUUUGAUUAAUGUUCAGAAAGCUAUUCAGGGGCAAAUUGCCAUGAUUCCAGAAUUGGAAAGAACACAUCGUUCGAUGGUUAUCGGAAAACUUCCUGAUGACUGGCUGAAGAAGAGUUAUCCUUCGCUAAAACCACUGGGCAGUUAUGUCACUGAUUUUCUUGCGAGAUUGGAAUUCUUUCAAACUUGGUUAGAUAAAGGUGAACCGAUUGUUUACUGGUUAUCGGGUUUCUAUUUUACACAAUCCUUUAUGACCGGAGUUUUACAAAACUAUUCGAGAAAGAAUCGUUUUCAAAUCGAUAUGGUGCGUAUUGAGUUUGAAGUUACCAAAUAUGAAAUGGAAGCAGAUGAAACGCCUGAAUUGGGUGCUUACAUAAGGGAUAAACUGGAAAAUAAUGAGGAUACGAAAUUAAUUAAAGGCCUUUUCCUUGAAGGUUGUCGCUGGAAUCGUGCCAUACACGCCGUUGAUGAAUCGUUUUCAAAGAUACUUUUUGAUACUAUUCCAGUUGUUUGUCUAUUGCCCACAAUGAAAAUAGAAAGUCAACAAAAGUCCUGUAUGGCAAAAGAAAAUGAUGAUGGUGUCGAUGGUGCUGUUGGUGGCAAACAAAUCUACGAAUGUCCUGUGUAUAAAACAAGUGAAAGGCGUGGUAUUUUAUCCACUACUGGCCACUCGACGAACUUUGUAAUGUACAUGGAUUUACCGUGUACAAGAAAUCAAAUGCAUUGGAUUAAUCGUGGUGCUGCUUCGCUGUGUCAAUUAGAUGAUUAGUUUUGCCUCAAUGAGUUGAAAGAAUAAUAGAAAAGGAUGUUUCAUUUCAAUGCUAUUCAUUAUGUACAAAUUUUUUUGUCAGAUACUAUUCAUCUAUUUUCUAUUACAAUUUUAAGAGACUGAUAUUUAUUUUGGAUUUUUUUUUUGUAUUUGCUAUUAAAUAAAUUCAUUUAAAUGUAA